AUGACAUUAAUUGACACUGCAUUGCUUGACCCUUCGAUGGUUGACCCUGCAUUGCUAGAUCCAGCCUUCGUGUCUUUGGAUCAAACAUUGCUGACUCAAGGCAUGCUGGACCAAGGCAUGCUGGAUCAGUUACUGCUGAACCUGGCAUUGGUGGAUCAAGCACUGCUGGACCAGGGCACGCAGGGCCAAGCAUUGCUGGAUCAAGCAAUUCUGAAUCAAGCCUUGGCGGAUCAAGGCAUGCUGGACCAAGGCAUGCUGGAUCGGGACAUGCGUUUGAGCUGUGCCAUGGAUCCGUCAUGGAUCAACAUCCAUCAGAUUCUCACGCGAUCGUACAAUGCUGAUGGAGUUGCUGCCGCCGCUGCCACCUCUGCUGUUGCUGCUCCUCCUCCUGCUUCGUCUGCUGCUGCUGCUGCUGCUGCUGCUGCUGCUGCUGCUGCUGCUGCUGCUGCUGCUGCUGCUGCUGCUGCUGCUGGUCCUCCCCUUUCCUCCCCUUUCCUCCCCUUUCCUCCCACUGCUUUCGAAUUGCAACCAGGAAGGCCAGCAGUAGCAGAUGCAGUAUCACCAACAGCAGCAGCAGCAGCAGCAGCAGCAGCAGCAGCAGCAGCAGCAGCAGCAGCAGCAGCAGCAGCAGCAGCAGCAGCAGCAGCAGCAGCAGCAGCAGCAGCAGCAGCAGCAGCAGCAGCAGCAGCAGCAGCAGCAGCAGCAGCAGCAACAGAAGGAGCAACAGCAGCAGAAACGGAAGGAGCAGCACCAGCACGCGUGUCAGAGCAAGGAAGGCAGCAAGUCGCGGAAGCAGCUUGCACACCAGCAAUCGUUGCCAGCAGCCAUACCAGCUGCUGUAACCACCCCAGAAGCACCAUCAGUCCCAGAAGCACCGUGAAGUCAACAAGUAUGAGCCAUCGCAGUAGCACCAGCAAUCUCAAAAGCCCUCUUAAACUUAGCAGCACUACCGGUCCUUCUCUCGCCCUACCUUACACACAUGCAGCCCAGACCCUUAUUAUUCCAGUUGCCAUAUCCCCUGUUUCAGUUACCCUCUCCCCUGAUACUGCUGCCAUACCUCCUGAUUCGACUGCCACCUCUCCCAUUGACGGAAAUCCACUGUCUGGAGAGGUUGCGGCAGUGCAUGAUGGGUCGGAAGGGGCAACGGCAAGGGCCAUGCUUGCCAUGCAGCUGGUCGGAGCAUCAACAGUAUCAGAGGCUGCAGUUCACGCUGCGGCGGCUGCUGGAGAAUUCGCCGCAGUGCGUGGUGGGUCAGAAGGGGCAGUGACAGGUGCAAUGCUUGCCGUGCAGCUGGUCGGAGCAGCAACAGGAUCAGAGGCUGCAGACCACACUGUGGCAGCUAUCGGAGAGGGUGUGGCGGUAGGGCAUGUGAUAGCGAAUAUGGAUGCAGCGAACGUGACUAAAGGAGAUAUGUCAACAGAGAAUGUGACAGUGGGAGAUAUGGCAGCAGAGAAUGUGACAGUUGGAGAAAUGGCAGCAGACAGUGUGGCAGUACUGCUGUAUGCGUGCCGGUUCUGCGGCAAGAGAUUCGCCCAGCCGCAGGGGCUGGGAUGCCACAUGAAUGCCCACCGGCGAGGUGAGAAGAACAGGCGAGGUGAGAAGAAGAGGCGAGGUGAGAAGAAGAGGCGAAAUGUGAAGAACAGGCAAGGUGAGAAGAAGAGGCGAGGUCAGAAGAAGAGGCGAAAUGAGAAGAACAGGCGAGGUGAGAAGAACAGGCGAGGUGAGAAGAACAGGAGAGGUGAGAAGAAGAGGCGAGGUGAGAAGAAGAGGCGAGACCGCGAGGCAGAGAACGAUCACCAGGAAACCAUGCCUUCACAUCCUCCAGUCGCAAAGGCGGAUACUUUCGGAAUUCUCUCACUGCCUGCAGCCCAGUCGGUGCAUGUAGCACAGUCAGCACAAUCGCUGACUGCUGGCGGUGCUGCUCGUGCUGCAGCUGGUCUUGCUGCCCCUGCUGAUUCUCGUGGUGGUUCUGGCGGUUGUUCUGCAAAGGAUUUUUCCAGUUCAUACCCAGGAGCAGACGUAUCAGGAAGGACAGGCAGAGUGGAGACUGCUUCUGCUGAUGCUGUUGCCUCCUAUUUGGCUGCUGCUGCUGCUGCUGCUGCUGCUGCUGAAUCUAGUGCUAUUGAUGAAACUGCUGCUGGCCCGGGUGGUGAUGUUCAGACCUCUCAUGCCAGAGUAGGAUCGGCAAUGGAAGCUGGAUUGGUAGCAGCCGGCUCUGGUUUGGCAACCGGUCCUGCAUUAGCUGUCCGUUCUAGGCUCAAUGCUGGUGCUGCAGCAGGAACGGCAUCAAGAGCAGGGUACAGUGUCAGUUCUGGUGUGAGGCUUGGAUCAGGGGCUGAUAUCACAGAUCGUUACCGGUUUUCACAGAGACUAAUUGGUGCAGAGAGGCGUGUGAGUAAGUUGGAUGAGGAAGGUUUUUCACUUGGUGGAGGUGGUGGUGGUGGUGGUGGUGGUGGUGGUGGUGGUGGUGGUGGUGGUGGUGGUGGUGGUGGUGGUGGUGGUGGUGGUGGUGGUGGUGGUGGUGGUGGUGGUGGUGGUGGUGGUGGUGGUGGUGGUGGUGGAGGAGGAGGAGGAGGAGGAGGAGGAGGAGGAGGAGGAGGAGGAGGAGGAGGAGGAGGAGGAGGAGGAGGAGGAGGAGGAGGAGGAGGAGGAAGAGAGGGAGUACGAGCAGGAAAGCUGCAGUCUCUUCAUUCUGCUGCAGUAGCAAGCAAACACGUGUCUGUUCCGGGAUUCAAGCCUUCUGGUCUGGCCGGACCUUCACCUGGUCUGGCCAGACAUCCACCUGGCCUGGCCGGACCUUCGUCUCAGGCAUGGUUGCAGCAAACCCCCAGUGCAAGCUUGGCAACCUACCUCGGCACCGAGCCAUCAGAGAACUCUGUGCAAGGAGUUUCGGAAGGAUUUUUGGAAAAAGGCCAUAGAGUAGCCUCUUUCAGCAGUGUGUUUUUACAGGGAAAUGUGGCGGACCAAGCCGCUUCUGGGGAGAAGUUUCGGGAGGAGGAAGGGGUAGAGGCUGAGUUGGAGCAGCUUCAGAGGGAGUGGAGGAUUCAGCUGACUGAAAGGAGAAGGAUAAUGCAUUGGCAAGGAGAGAGUAAUGAGCGGAGGGAGGAUGGUGGGGGGAAUAAGGUGGACUUGCACGGAAACCAACAUCUGAAUGAUCGAGGAGAAGAGGUGGGGAAAGGGACAAGGAAGAGAGACACUCAUGUCAAUGCUAAUGAGCAAGUUCUACUGCCAAUUGUGCUGCCGAUUGUGCUGAAAGCACGUUCACGUGCAUUCUCUAGCCUCCCCUCUUCCCUCACCCUCUCUGCUCCCCCCACAGACACUCAAACACUCAAGUCCCUGCUGAUCAGCAAGGGCAUUCUGCCUUUGCUCGCACGCUUGCUCUCCCACCUGCCCCCUAUGCCCCCAUCUCCUGUCUCUCAUAGUGCUGACGCCUGGACUGGCCCUGCUUCUGCUGCUGCGGCUGAUUGUGCUGCUCAUAGUGCUUACGCUGGGACAGGCCCAGCUGCUGGUUAUGCUGACGCUGGGAUCGGCCCUGCUGCUACGUCUGCAGCUGAUUGUGCCGCUCUUCAUAGUGCUGACGUUGGGACUGGUCCUGGGUCUGGCCGUGCUGUUCCUGCAGCUGAUUGUGCUGCUCAUAGUGCCGACGCCGGGACAGCCCCUGCUUCCGGCCGUGCUGGUUCUGCUGCUGAUUGCUCUAACUCUAGGGCUGAUCCCGCUGUUGACCCUGAAGUACUGUGUCUCCCCAUUCUCUCUCCCCACUUUCUUUCUCCCCCCCAUUCUCUCUCCCUCCGUUUUCUCUCCUCCCACUCUCUGUCCUCCCUUUUUCCCCCACACACACAGUAUGCAGCAGCGGGGGCGCUAUGGCACAUUUCAGCCAAUCAGAGCCUAGGUCUCACUCUCAUCGUGCGCUACAGAUGCCUACUGCCCCUCCUGAGCCUGCUUGAUCAGUCGCUGCCCCAGUCAACGCUGGUCAACUGUACUGGGUGCCAGUCAACGCAUGCUGACUGUAGGCAGGGCCAGUCAACGCAGGUCAACUGCAGUCAGUGCCAGGCAGCGUUCACUCAGUGUCAGUCAACGCCGGUCAACUGUAGGCAGUGCCAGCCAAUGCAGAAUAACUGCAGUGAGUGUGCGUUGCUGCAGCAGAAUGAAAUUUUGCAACAAGUGGGGGAGAGGGGAGAGCAUGGGAUGGUGGAAGGAGGGAGAGGGGUUAAUAGGUGUCAAGAGAGGCGAGAUGGGGAAGGAGGUGAAGGGAAAGGAAGGGGAGGAGUGGAAGGAGGAGAGGAAGGGGAAAUUGGUUUUAGAGUGCAAGGUGGGGAAGGAGGGGGAGAAGAAGGAGAGGUAGAGGAGAUGGGGAGGAGUAGGGAGCAAGGAAUGGGAGAAGGACUGGGUACAAGUGAAAGGGACUAUUCUAGAAGGGAAGAAGAGAAAGAGGAGGAAAUGGAAGGGAUGGAGGAGGAAGAAGCAGAGGAGGAGGAAGAAGAGGAAGACGAUGAAGACGAGGAAGAGGAAGUGGAGGAGGAAGAGGAGGGGAAGCGAGAAGAGGCUCGGCUGUAUGCGUGCCUAACCCUCGCUAAUCUCUGCCUGCUUCUGGAAGGUUCUCAGGUCAUGCAGGAUAGCGAUGAACAUCCCUUGGCCAACUCUUGUCAUUCCAAUGCGACACAUGGGACUGAUGCGACGGAUGCAACACUUUUUUCUGUGGGAAAGAGUGUUGAAACUUCUCAAAAUGUGGGCAAGCAAGAGAGGGCCUCCUCUUCUUCUUCCCUCACACGAGCACAGCAACACCUCCUCUCCUCCCCCACACUCCCCUCCAUCUCCUCCUUCCUCCUCGCCUCUCACCCCUCCUCCCUCCCCCUCCACCUCAUCUGGACCACCGUCUCUCCGAUCGUACGGCUGCUGCGCUGCCACGUGGCGCCGAUCCGAGGGCUGGGAGCGCUGCUGGCUGCUGCAGUGUGCAAGAGCAGGGGGGGCAAGGAGGAGCACGGAGCUAUGUUCUUCUUAGAAGGGGCUGUGGGGAUUCUGAUGGAAAUGGCGGCUUUUGAGGCGCACCAGAAGAGGGAGGAGGAUGGAGCAAUGGCCGAGCACGGCACUAUGGGCAUAUCAGAGGGGGCUGUGGGGGUAAUGGUGGGAAUAGCAGAGGAGGUUGAGCCUGGUAGGGUGGAGAGAGAGAAGCAGGAGGAGGAGCAGAGGGAGGAGCAGAAGAGAACCCAGUGGGAAAAGAAGAGGGGGAAGAAGAGGCAGGAGGAGAGGGAAGAGCAGGAGGAUCGAGUGCGGGUGAAAGCAGCGGAGUUUGCUCGCCUUGCCCUGGGUUACCUUGAUGUACCGCUGACCAAGCUGCUCACUGUGCCUACCACAGGCACACCAUCAGCCAUGACUGGGGGCGGUGAGGGGCGUGGGGGGGGCGGUGAGGGGCGUGGGGGGGGCGGUGAGGGGCGUGGGGGGGGCGGUGAGGGGCGUGGCGGGGCCGGUGAGGGGCGUGGCGGGGCCGGUGAGGGCCUUGCCCUGGGCUACAUUGAUGAGUCGGUGAAUAGGCUGCCCACUGUCCCUGGCACAGGCCACCCCUCAGGCAUGCCCUGCCGCGAAGUUCCUUGUGGGGCUGGUGAGGGGAGUGGUGGGACCGGGGACAGGACCAGCGCGGACUGCCCCCCUAUUGAGCCGUGCGGCCAUGCUGUUGCCUGCCCCUCCUGCCUCCUCUGCCUCCUCUCCCGGAAGCAGCCCUGCCCCAUCUGCCGCUCUGCCAUUGGUUGA